ACCAGUUCACACCGAGACGCCGCGCAUUUGAGACGCUUUUCCAGGGAGCAGAAACGAAAAUCACGGGCGCGGGCGUUUACCUGCCCUUUCCUCAUUCUUGGCUGGGUGGAUUUGUUGCUGCUUCUGGUCCAGCCAAGCAACCACCCACCAACCUGCUAGUCCUUUCAUCUUGUUUUUGGUUGGGUUGGUUGGUUGAAGUCGCUGCUACCUGGCCCUUUGGUCUGGCCCACCGUCAGUGUCAGUGACACAGCAAAAAUAAAAAUAAAAUAAAUCGCCUCGAUUAACAGCACACCGCCAAUAUUCAGAGAGGUAUAAAUAAGCAAUGUAAACACGGUUGGAAGCUCAUAAAUUGAACUGCGCCAGUGCCAGAUCGUGCCGAGAGAGCAAAAAAAAAGAGGCGAAAAUGCAUUCGGCGUCGAUAUUGAUGUUGCCCGUGCCAGAUGCUGCCGUUGAUGCUGGUCCAGGUCGGUUCGUGCCACGGGAAAAGUGAUGCCAAACGAAACCACGGGUGGAAGAUUCUAGUCGAAGGUGCUAGCCGUAAUAGUGGGUAGUGUGUGAAGAGAAGAACGACCCUGAACCAAUUUGGGGACGGGGAAGGAAAAAAACCGGAAGUUGGCCGAAAUUGGCAUCGGACCAAGUGUGCGUGGGCGGGACGGACCGACGAAUUGGGCAAGUGCAUUUAGUGAAAUUUUGCUGCCGAAUUGCACACCGUUGAAUGCCAGAAUUAGCGAUGGCCGUGCACAUUCUGGACGUGGAUCACUUUGCGAUCAGUGCGAUCGUGACGGUUUCGAUGCAAAUCAUAUUCUUCCUGAUCGCGGCGAUCUUUCAGCUGGACAAACUGACGGAUUUCGCCGGUGGAGUAAACUUUAUUAUCAUUGCCUUGCUGACCUUCUUCCUGGGUCAGAUUGAUAGAACACUAAAGCCUUACGAUAGUCGACAGCUCAUGGUGACGGUGUUUGUGUGCUUAUGGGGUGCGAGGCUGUCGGGAUAUCUGUUCUAUCGGAUUGUGAAAAUCGGACGCGACAAACAGUUUGAGGACAACCGCCGGAACGUCAUCCGGUUUGCCGUGUUCUGGACCUUCCAGGCCGUCUGGGUGUUUGUCGUAUCGCUGCCAGUUAUUAUCAUCAAUUCCCCGCGGCACUCGAUACCGCACGCGCCCCGCACGAUGACCACGCUGGACUCGGCCGGGACCGGCAUGUUCAUCACGGGGCUGCUGGCCGAAACGUACGCCGACCUGCAAAAGUUUUCGUUCCGCCAGGACCCGGUUAAUCAGGGCAAAUUCUGCAACGAUGGACUCUGGCGGAUGUCGAGGCAUCCCAACUAUUUCGGCGAGAUCGUUAUUUGGUGGGGAAUCUUCGUCAUCUCGCUGAACGUCAUCGACGGCAUCGAGUGGGUGGCAAUUAUGUCGCCAAUUUUCACCACCCUCAUCAUCCUGUUCCUGUCCGGCAUCCCCGUGCGGGAACGGUCCGCGGACGAAAAGUACCGAGAUGACCUGGAAUAUCGAAAGUAUAAAGCGUGCACGUCGCCGCUGAUUCCGAUCCCACCGGCCAUCUACUCCGAGGUUCCCCGGGCGCUCAAGUUCAUCCUGUGCUGCGAGUUUCCGCUGUACGACUCGCUGGACAAGCGACGCAAGGAGGACGGCCCAUUUGCCAUGACUACCUCUAUAUCAGUGGCCCAUUCGCAUUCGACCCACACCUAGCAAUCGGGAGGCGGACAUUACCACAAUUAUCCCGUGUCGUCCUCGUCGUCAUCGUACCACCACCAUAACCAACAGAACUCCCACCACGUCCAAGGACAACAGCAGCAGCAGGUUAGUGGUGGUUCAACCUCCAAAGAUAGAAACAACUCCGUUGGACGAGCUGCCAGCUAUUCGUCCAGCCACCGGAGUGGCUGUGAUCGGCGAGGUGGUGGGGAGAAAUCCUACUACGGGAGCCACGACUUUGAGGAGGACAUUGUCCCGGAACGAAUUACCUGCAUUGCCAACGGGGACGGUAACUACAUCACCGGGUCGGCACAGAUUACUACCAUUUUGUGAUCUCGUUCACAGAUGUUCAAUGUUAACUACGGCUAUACUCAUCACGGUAUACAUAGGAGAAAAAGCAAAUGUAAAAUGUUAUCAAACGCUGUGUUUAGAUUUUUUAUAGUUUAAUGGUUGCUAAAAGGCGCGUUGAACUCGAUUUAAGACAAAGUUUAAGAAAACAAAUGCCAAUUUUGAAUUGCCAACGCUUGAUUCGGUACAAUAUUGCCACAAACACGCUAGAAUCACGGGAAAAAGUUAACAUCUUAAGGAGAUUCAAACACUCGGACAAACAAAUUAAAUGCACCUCUCGCGCUACAAAACGUUGCUAUCACCUUUCCAAAAAACAACAACAAAAUAAAAAAAAACAGAAUAUUGGCUUUGGUCCUGCAAUGGCCCCCAAAAACGUAUAAUCAGAAAGAAGUAAAUUCAACACCUUUCGCUAACAAGAAAUAAUUGGCAGUCGACCGCAGGUUUUGCCCGUUUUAUGUGCACGAUUGCACUUGGCUCUCUCACUCUCUUGUUAUUCCGUAGCCUUUCAGGAAGAUUAGAUUUCAAAGGGAGUAAACCUCACACUUUUGCUCCGAUUUGGUUUAGACUAGUUGGUUUGGGGCUGCAAAAAAUGGCAUCGCAGUAGCGAUUUAUUGAAGUCAUCGACCACUAUUGCACUGGUUACCAGUGGUCCCAGCAUUUAUUUCAGCCAACUUUACCAUUCUUGGUCAUUUGAUGCCUCCACCAUGAUGGAGUUUCAUCCAAGUAGUCAAGUUGGUCGUUUUUCAGAUAGAGACAUGGCAG